AUGAGUUGUGCAUUGGUUUGUAGUCUGUGUGUCAGAAUCCUCUUUUUCUCUCUUCGUACAUGGCCUGUAACCAUUAUAAAUCACAUGAAAGCACGGAGAGAUGCUAUCAGUGGACUCCGAAACAAAGAUAAAAGGUCUAUGCAAUCUUUCUAGAGCACCAACAUCAUUGCCUUUCUGUUCGCAAACAAGUAUAAAAAUCGGAGGUUUUGUUUAGAUGGGGCUUGAUAACGACCUUUUCGAGCCCCAUUUUUUAGCCACGCCAGGCUUUUUGUGGACCGAAACACUCUUCGGCCCCCAACAUUCACUUUGAUCACUUUGAUUCAUUUGCCUUUGCAAGGCUGGAGGUUGGUGUCUACUUUGGAUCACUUUCUGAUUUUGGGAAUCCUUACGGCCGAGUUUAUGACUUGUGCAAACUUCUCGCGAUUUCUUUUAUUAAUCUUGGUUUUCUUUUAGUUCAAGAUGGUCUCGGUGGGCUCUAUUCCCAUGCACAAUGGCGUCAAUCUUCCCUUACUUGGCUAUGGAACCUGGCUGGUAAGUUUUUAUAAUCACGUGUCCUGAUGCGCGUAUUUAUAGUCCACUGACCAUGAACAGCUAAAGAAGGCCUUGAGAACGGCCUUAGAUUCUGGCUACAGAUAUAUUGACACUGCUUAUGUGUACGGAAAUGAAGCUCCAAUUGGCGAUGUGAUCAAGGAGUAUAUUGAUGCUGGGAAGCUGAAGAGAUCGGACUUGUUUAUCACCACCAAACUCCCCAUGUAUGCUAACAAUGUGGACAGGGCCGAGAUCUGCAUCAAGAGAUCUUUGGCCAAUCUGAAGACUGAUUACGUUGAUCUUUAUCUUAUCCACACUCCAACUUCGAUGAAGGCAAGGCAAUUCAACAGUCCAUUAAGACAUUUUUUAGGCCAAUGAUGACAUCACUGGAGUUGCUACGGAUGAGAACGGAAAAUUCAUUUUUGAGGACGUUGAUCUCAACCAAACUUGGAAGAUUCUGGAGAAAUAUUACAAAGACGGAACAUUCAAGUCUAUUGGGAUCUCCAAUUUCAGCGCAAGGCAAAUCCAGGACAUCUAUGAUAACGCCGAAAUCAAGCCGAUGAACCUUCAAGUCGAAUGCCACAUCCUCUUCCCUCAGAAGAAGCUGGUCGAGUUCUGUAAGGACAAAAACAUUACCGUAACGUCUUACUCUUCUCUCGGAAACCCCGGGCGAGGUGCAGGAUUGGGCAAAGUCUGGGUUGAAGGAGAUUGUCUGAACCAUCCAUUGACUCUGGAACUGGCCAAUAAAUACAACAAAACUCCAGCCCAGAUCUUGUUGCGUCAUCUUGUUCAACGGGGAAUCUCGGUGAUCCCAAAGAGUGUGACUGAAUCCAGAAUCAAAGAGAACAUCGACAUUUUUGAUUUUGAAAUCCAGCAGAAGGAUCAGGACAGACUUUUGAAUCUGAAUGAGAACAAGAGACUACUUGUCUUCGAUUUGUAAGAAAUUUUAAUUUUAGUUUAGCUUAUGGCAAAAAUCAAUCAUAAAAAAUAUUUCAGCGCCUUUGGACAUCCAAACUACUCCUUCAAUGACGAAUUCUAA